AGAAGGGGAUAUGACGUUAGACGGGGAGCGCCUUGAUUUCCACUCCGUGUUGAGGCUGGCGUGCGUGUGCUAGCCAUGGCUUACUCGACGUUCCGUAAGGUGGCUUUGGCCUCUUGCCUAGUGCUGUGCGUGUCGCUGCUCCUGCCUAAGGUCUUCCUUUCGCGGGGCUGGAGGCAACCGGAACCCCGCGCCGCCGCUUCACCCACUCUGCCUGCCACGCCCGAGGGAAAGACCAGUCAAUUUCCUCCUACAGUGCAUCCUCAAAUGUCUCCAGAAAUCAGGCCACCUGUUACCCAUUUUCCAAGGUCUCAUCUUGCGGAAGCAGUUGCAAAGGCCAAGGGUGCUGUUGGAGGUGGAGGUAGUGGUGGAGGAGGCAACAAUGGAAGAGGUCUUGUGGGACAAGUUAUCCCAAUAUAUGGAUUUGGUAUCCUUUUAUACAUAUUGUACAUUCUUUUUAAGCUUUCUUCUAAGGGGAAAAGCUCCACAGUUGCUGGGAAAUGUCCUUCUUCAUCUGGAAACACAAACAGAAAAAUCAGUUAUCCAGAAGAGACCUACCCUGUCUAUGAUCAUUCUGAUUGCUUCCAGCGCAGACAGGACACAAUCCUUGUGGAUUAUCCUGACCCGAGCCAGCCUUCUGCUGAAGAGAUAGCAGAGAGAAUGGAGCUUGUGGAUGAUGAGUGUUUGUGUAGUGAAACCCUUUUGUCUGCUCUCGCCAUAGUGAAUGAUGACCUUGCGGCAGGAUGUGAGAAAGACCGGCAUGCCAGGUUCAGUGACCAGAGUGGGACUAGCCAGAACUUUGAGAAGUGCUCCUGUUGUCACUAUGAAGAGGACAAUCCUGCUGUGAUAGCAGAGAAUGAAGGGUUCUACUAUGAUAGCUGCAGCGAAACCGAAGAAGCAGCCAAAGAGGAGAGGCUGGUGGAUUCUGACCAUGAAAAGGCAGUGCCCAAAGAGCAAAAUGGUGGAAAUAUGGACGAAAUCAGCAUUCUGAGAAAGCGAAACCCCAAGGGAGUAGAACUGCUGGGACACUGAGCAUCAUGCAUUGAAGAUCAUGUCACAUCUAGAAACUGUGAUCACUGUUGCUUGCUGGAUAGAGGCGUAUCUUCUCUGUUGCUGAAUUCCCUUUGCACUUGCUGCUUAUUUGAAAUGCAAUGAGUGGUUCACCUUACCCCCACUAGCUAGUUAGUCCAGCAGCUGUAGCGCCAACUGCUUUGCUUGCCAUAGCCGCCCAAGGAGUUUGAAAAUGAGAUAAUCUCCUAAUCAUUUCCCAUUGUGCCUUCUUUCAGCCUCUUGUCUCCUGGCCUGAAGCUUAGCUUCCAGUCCUAUAAAAAGUACAGAAAGUCAUCCAGUAGGGAAUUUUCCAGUGGUAGAUCUAACAUCUCUACCAGCGUGUUUACUAAAAGGCAGGUUGAGGCAGCCUAUUAUAGAUACCGUUAAAGGGCAGCAAAUUAUCAAUUGUUAUAUUUGACUACCAUAAUUUGCAUGACACAAUUUGCUUUUGUUUUUUUGCCUUUUGAAGGAAUUAUAACGUGAAAAGAGGUGUUCUAAUGGCAUUCCUUUCAUGCAAGUGCAAGUAGAUCUUCUUGGCUGGUACACAAGAGAUUUCUGGGAAAUUUAGGGGAGAAUCCUAAUCUCGGCUGCUGCCCAGCAGGGCUGAACAAAGCUGCAUCUACAGCCCUGCUGCACGUGGCCAGAGUAGAAGAUGGGGGGGGCAGGCAAAUCACUGUGCCAUCCUAGGGCUGGCGCAGUGAUUGGCCCCAGGUUGGUGUCCCCUGACAACAGUAGGGCUGGCUCAGGAUCCAAGGGCUGGCUCAGACCCUCUCUGCCUUUGAAAUGCUCCAUUUUAGGGCCUUGUGCUGGCUGUCACCACUGGGGAUCCCACCAGUGGCACUCCCGCCCACCCAGACAUUUGUCAGGCAGGAAGGUGUCCAUAUUUGUAGAGUGAUACUUCCAACUCAGUUGGCAGGGCCUGGUGGGAGAUUGGCUUAGCUGGGCCGAGGGACACCCCUGCCCAGUCCAACACACAAAACACACACACCCUGUCUGGUGCCAGGUGUUUGGAUCACGCUGUUAGCCGAGUCGCCAUAUCUAUCUUUUUCAUUGUAUGAAAAGAGAGCAGGGAAUUUCUUUUUCUAGGUCACUUAACUCAUGUUCAAACAAACAAUCUAUUUUGCUUCAUCUCUGGCUUAAACUGGAAACCCUUCUGUUUAUGGUUUUUACCAAAUAAUUCUUCAACUUUGAAGGCCAGUGUUUUCAAAAUACACUUGCAGUUUAAGUAUGCUUGAGUGUAACCCAAACCAAACAAAUUGAAUUGGGUUUUGGAGGAGAACAAAUUUGAUGACCAGUAUGAGGGGGUAACACUCCUUCUCCGAGGCCCAAAUUGGUUUCGUACAAUUUUCUGUUUUCUAGUAAAAUUUUUAUACUUUUAAUUUAACUAUUUAUCCUUAUGUUGUAAUUAUUUAUUAUAAAACUUAUUUAUUUAUGAAAGUAUUUAUUAUAGGUCCAUAUCAUAAAAUGACAGGGAAGUGCACAACUAUAUGUAUAUACAAUAAAAUAUAAACCACAAUUAAAAACAGUGAAAGAUAAUCUUUAAAAUGGCGGGCCAACAACUGCCUACGCUUGUUGACAUAAAAAGGUCUUUUUAAGGAUUCUUUCCUCUCACGACAGUUAGGGUUUAAAAGAGAUUCUCAGGGCAGAAGAAAGUUCACUUUCUCCGAUGUCACCCUUUCGCAGCGCAAUCCUGUGCAUGUUCACCCAGAAACAGAAGCAGCUCGGAGGGGGAAGGGGAGAGACAGUGGUAUAAAAUCAUAGAAUAGUAGAGUUGGAAGGGGUCUACAAGGCCAUCGAGUCCAACCCCCUGCUCAAGGCAGGAAUCCAAAUCAAAGCAUUCCCGACAGAUGGCUGUCCAGCUGCCUCUUGAAUGCCUCCAGUGUCGGAGAGCCCACUACCUCUCUAGGUAAUUGAUUCCAUUGUCGUAUGGCUCUAACAGGAAGUUUUUCCUGAUGUUCAGUUGAAAUCUGGCUUCCUGCAACUUGAGCCCAUUAUUCCGUGUCCUGCUCUCUGGGAUGAUCGAGAAGAGAGUAUCUUCCCAGGUGUGGCAGUGCACUCAUUGGGAUGGGGCAUGGCAAGGCAGUGGUGGGGUUGGGGGAGUUCCAGUGUCCCCCACAGGUACAUACGCACAUAGGGGAAUGUUACUACCAACUCGGAGCUCCCCUGUUGUCAUCACUGUUACCUUUCUUCUGCUGCCAGGAGGGCAACACUGCUUCUGCCCCUCCCCGCAAGUCAUCGCUGCUCAGAAAUAAGCUCCAGGGUUUGCUCCCAGGAAACUAUGGAUAGAAUUGCAGCAUUGUCGUGUUCUUGGAAUUUCUUGACCACUUAUUCUCUAAUGUAACAGCGCUUACAACGCAAAUACCGCACACAUCAACAAUAAGUUCCACUGAAUUCAGUGAGACUUAACUCCAAGCAAGUGUUAUAUCCAGUGGAUUGCUAGGAACUUCGGAAGGUGACUCCACAGAACCAUUAUGGCCAAUUCAAAGUGUGGCUGUAUUGGAGGGUGGAUAGGGAAUGUCAACAACUGAACUUCUGGGACUUCCGGGAAGGGUGACUUCGCUUGUCCCUGCUUUUUGAGACGAGCUCUCAUCUCAGAAGAAGCUUUUUCAGUUUUAAAAUCAGUCAGAACGUUCUUUUUGACUGGUAAAGAUUUUAUCCCGGGCAGGGAGAAACGCAGAGAUUAACCACAAAAGCAUGUUUUUGUUGGGAGGACUGGAUUUCAUUAAUUUAUGAGAGAAGGUUCAGCCAGCAAUGCGGACGGACUUCCAACAAGCUCUAACUGAUUAAGCGACACGUUUAUCUUUUCUUCAAAGAAAAACGGACUUUAACAGGCAAGCAUCCUUCUUUCUAUUUUUUUUUUCACUUGGUUUAAAUUGUUGCAGCAAAAAGAGAUUUGUCAAUGAAUCAGCUAUAAAGAAUUUCUGGGUGAAUUAUAACUCUUCUCUUUUAUUCACGAAAUUAAGGAGGAAAGAAAUUGAAAAAGCUUAUCUUUGUUUUUAUUGCAAAAAGCUGGCCUGGAAGUGCAUUCUAAAGAUACAAACGGAAGAGGGAUUUCUAUUUCGAGGAGGAAAAAAAUAAAUAAAUUUGAUUUAUGAACUUUGGAGUAUUAUAUGUCCGGGACUAUUUUCUUUUUGGUCUAUUUCAUUUUGACGAAUCUACUUGUUCACGACGCCACUAACUGUUUUGAAGCUGAGAAAUAAAUUCGUUUUGUAUUCCUGAACAUAUAAGAGAUAAGGCAGGCUGUACUGUCUACACUGUCAUCAAGCCUGGAAUAUUAACCCAAUUGUGACUGAAAUAAUUUUUGUUUUUGUGGUUUUAAGAAUGGCAAUCAGGAAAGUGGCUGAGACCAUGGAAGAAAUUAUGUUUCAGAAAAUAAUGGAUGAGAUUGAGAUAACGAAACAAACCCUGAGACAGGGUAGACAGGAGAUGAAAAUUGAAUUUGGCAAAAUGACGCAGGAGCUUAAAGAAAUAGGGGAUCUUGUGAGAGAGGAGAUUGAGAUUAGAGAUGAGAAAAGAAAAAUUAAAGGGAAGAUACAAGCCCUGGAGAUUGGAACAAAUGUGGAAUUGGAAAAAGAUUUGGAGUUUAUGGAUAUUAGAAACAAAGUUUAUUGUUUGGAAUUCAAUGUUGUCUCUGAAGAAAUUAAUGAAGAUAUUAGAGAUAAAGUUAUCAAGGUCUUGGAUAAUUUUCUGGACUGGAAUGAUGUGAUGGAGCUUGACAUAGAAAAAUUCUAUGGAAUUAACUACAGAUAUGUGACAAUGGAAAAAUUCUCAAGAGAUGAGCCAGUGCAUUUUGUAAAAAAGAAGAACAGAGAUAUGACUUUACAACAAUAUUUCAGCAACAUAUUCAGAAUUGAUGGCAAGGAAAUAUUUGUGAUAAAGGAAAUUCCCAUCAGACUCUUAUUAUAUGACUAUGGCUAUGACAGCAAGAUUAUUAUGGGAUACUGAUAAUGGAAGAAUGGAUACUGAAAUUACUGGACUGAACAGGACUAUUGAAGAUGGAAGAUGGAAUUAAUAUUGAUAAUGGAAGAAUGGCUAUUGAAAUUAUUGGACCUAACAGAUUUGAUGAGAUGGAUUAAUCGAUAUGUUUAUUUGGACUAUGGCUAUGACAACAAGAUUAUUAUGGGAUACUGAUAAUGGAAGAAUGGCUACUGAAAUUACUGGACUUAACAGGAUUAUUGAAGAUGGAAGAUGGAAUUAACAUUGAUAAUGGAAGAAUGGCUAUUGAAAUUAUUGGACCUAAUAGAUUUGAACGAGAUGGAUUAAUCAACAUGUUUAUUUGGAGAAAAAUUGAAAGAUAUAUCUCUCAAGGAAUUGAAACCUCUCUUUGACUUUUUGUGGAAAGAAUAAAGUAAUGUUUAUGAGAUUUGAUGAUUAAUUAAGAUAACUACUGGAGGAAAGUGAUUUUAUAAUAUAAUUUAAGAGACAGGAUUGUUAUAUAUUGUAGACCUAUAACUGAUCUGCGACAAAUCGGAAGUCAACAUUUUAUUUUAUUGUUUAAUUAUUUUUGUUUUGUUUUUUGUCUUUGAAAAUUUGAAUAAAAAUUAAUGAUAAAAAAAACAACUGAACUUCUGGCAUGGGAAGGAUGAAGGUUGUUUCAGAUGGUUAGUUAUUUCUUCUCUACCUCAUUAAGGAUGAGCUGCAACAAGAAAUAUUCCACUGUAUGUGUGUGUUGUGUAACGUGUGACUUCUGCUGCUACACAGUCCACCUUUUGGUAACCAGGCAAAUUUAAUAAUUAGGGACUGUAAUAUCAGAUACAUUUAGCCCACAGAAUUACUUCUGUUUAUCAGUUUCUGUUCCAGGAAUAAGGGAUUUUGGUCAUUCCAGUUCCUCAAGCUUCAGCAAAGCUUUAUUUUGUGAAGCUGAUUAUCAGUGGCCAAUGCUGGACCUUACAGAAACCUACUCUGAAAAUAGUUUACAGCAAUAUAGUAAUGGAAAAUAGGGGAAAUAUUGUAAACGUAUUUCUGUUUUGCAUUGAUAUUUAUUUUUAACUUAUUUAUGUGAGUAAAUUGUGGGACAACAGUUUUUUUGUGUUAUGUGUAGUUUGUAACAAAAAUGUUCAAAAAGAAUAGACAAUUUGUUUCCACUUUUUUAUGGCCUUUCUUUAUUUGCUUUUAACAGCUUCAUUUCAGGAAGGAAUUUCACAGUUGAAUCCUUUAUCAGAAUACAGUUGUAGUGACAGGCACAGAUUCAACUGGAAAAAUGUUCAUAUCUGCCAGUGCACAGGCGCCCUGCUUUAAGGCUGGGAACAUUCAUAGUGAGAAAACUGAGUAAUCUUCAUGCACAUGAUAAAUGAGUAAGGAGUACUUUUAAAAGAUGAGGUGUCUUGGAAAAAAUGCAAACCUCUUUGAAACAAAUUCAAGUUUAAUGUUUUUCUGCACUAAUUUUCUGUAUUAACAUGUACGGUAAUCUCUACAACAAACAUACACAAUGUAAUUAUGUGAAAAUACCAAAUUAGU